CCCAACCCAGGCCAGCCCAGCAGGCCCGCCAUGCCCUCUCAGCUGGCUGGUCAGUCCUGUUCUUCAGUCUGAGUUCUCAGCAACAGGUUCCAGGGCCCGACUCAGAGGGGCUCCUUCCCCAGGGGACUGGCCGGCGGCCCCGGAAUCAUGGUGCGGAACAUGGACGACCUGGACUUCUACCUGCCUUCGCACGCCCAGAACAUGCUGGACGGGCUGCGGCAGCUGCGCUCUCAGCCCAAGCUGGCCGACGUCACACUGCUGGUGGGCGGCCGGGAGCUGCCCUGCCACCGCGGCCUCCUGGCGCUCAGCAGCCCCUACUUCCACGCCAUGUUUGCGGGCGACUUUGCUGAGAGCUUCUCGGCGCGUGUGGAGCUGCAGGACGUGGAGGCCGCCGUGGUGGGGCAGCUGGUGGACUUCGUGUACACCGGCCGGCUGACCAUCACCCAGGCCAACGUGGAGGCGCUGACACGCACGGCCGCGUGCCUCCAUUUCCCCGCAGUGCAGAAGGCCUGCGGCCGAUACCUGCAGCAGCAGCUAGACGCCACCAACUGCCUGGGCAUCUGUGAGUUUGGGGAGCAGCAGGGGCUCCUGGGCGUGGCUGCCAAGGCCUGGGCCUUCCUGCGGGAGAACUUUGAGGCCGUGGCACGAGAAGACGAGUUCCUGCAGUUGUCCCAAGACCGGCUGGCCACCUGUCUGGCCAGCGACCUGCUGCAGGUACAGCCGGAGCAGAGCAGGCUGGAGGCCCUGCUGCGCUGGGUGCGUCACAACCCACAGGCCCGGGCCUCCCACCUGCCCGAGCUGCUCAGCCUGGUGCAGCUGGACGCCGUGCCCAGGCCCUGCGUGCAGCAGCUGCUGGCCACAGAGCCACUGAUCCUGGAGUCAGAGGCGUGUCGGGCGGCCCUGUCCCAGGGCCAUGAUGGCGCAUUGCCCACCCUGCCGCAGGAGCUGGAGGAGGUUCUGGCGGUCGUGGGCGGGCGGGCAAUGGAGGAGGACGAGGAGGGCGCUGAGGAGCCCAGCCCCCUCCCCGGGAACUUCACCUUCUACAACACCAAAGCCAAGAGAUGGAUGGCGCUCCCAGACUUCCCGGACUACCACAAGUGGGGCUUCUCCCUGGCCGUGCUGAACAACAGCGUCUACGUCACAGGUGGCUCACGGGGCACCAAGACGGACACCUGGUCAACCACCCAGGCCUGGUGCUUCCCACUGAAGGAGGCCGCCUGGAAACGCGUGGCUCCCAUGCUGAAGGCCCGCACGAACCACGCCAGCGCGGCGCUCAACGGAGAGGUCUACGCUAUCGGUGGCACCACUCUGGACGUGGUGGAGGUGGAGAGCUAUGACCCCUACACAGACACCUGGGCGCCCGUCAGCCCAGCCCUCAAGUACGUCAGCAACUUCUCUGCGGCCGGCUGCCAGGGCCGGCUCUACCUGGUGGGCUCCAGUGCCUGCAAGUACAACGCCCUGGCCCUGCAGUGCUACAACCCGGUCACAGAAGCAUGGAGCAUGAUUGCCUCGCCCUUCCUCCCCAAGUACCUGUCCUCGCCACGCUGUGCCGCCCUGCAGGGGGCGCUCUACCUGGUGGGCGACAAUACCAAGAAGGUCUACGUGUACGACCCUGGGGCCAACCUGUGGCAGAAGGUUCAGUCGCUGCACAGCCUACACGAGAACGGUUCGCUGGUGCCUCUGGGAGAUGCACUGUACCUGACAGGUGGCCGCUGGCAGGGCAUGGAUGGCAACUACCACGUGGAGAUGGAGGCUUACGACCCUGGGCGCAACACCUGGACCCGCCAUGGCGCCCUGCCCCGGCUCUGGCUGUACCAUGGGGCUUCUGCCAUCUUCCUGGACGUCUCCAAGUGGACACAGCCCUUCAGCCCUGCCCAGGAGCACUGAGCCGCACCUCGUCACACCUGGAGGCAGCGGCCGGUGAUCCCCCCAUAGGAGGGCCGUUCCUGUUUAGUUUUGCUUGUGUGUUCACUCGGGGCCACUAACCCCUUCAGGGCUGGGGCUGGGCUCAGGCCACCAGGGAGCUCAGAGGGACAGUCUUGGUCCCCAAGGCCACCACACAAAGUCUGAGCUGACCAGUGGCAGGGGUGGGACUCUGGACACCUGCAUAGAGGGAGGAGCAGCUCUCCAGCCCUCAGGGGUGUCUGACCUGAGGAAGGGUCCAGGGGGUCCAGGGAAGCACUGUGAGAACUCCUGUGCUCUCCCCAUGUUGGCUGUGGGCUGGCCCUGGAGAGAAAGUUGCAUAAAUGAGGGGUGACACCAAGUGACCCAGGCAGCUGAAGCUGUUGGGGAGGGUAAGCAGCCUGCUUCUGCCUGGCCCACAGCUGUGUGACCAGCAGCCGCCCGCCCCUCUCAGGGCCUCAGGCUCCACGUCCAUGGCACACAGACAGCUCAGGUGGGCUGUUGGCAUUCCCUGCCCCCAGCCUCUGCAUGUUGGCACCUUGUUUCUGAAGCUGCUUCUGGGGACAAAGGAGGCCCUGCCCAGCUCAUUCUAUGUCACACCCCGGGGAGUGGGGCAGCACCCCCUAGGCGUUGGAAGGAAGGAG